GGCAGCAUCACAGUGGGUGCUGUAUAUAAGGGCCGCGCAUUUCUAGGACUGGCACAGUGCCUCCUAAGCCUCGUGGCUCCUCGGAACACACACCCACUUUCAGCACUUUCAGCUUUCCUGAAACGAAGGUCCCGUCAGCAGCCAUGACGACCACUAUCACGACCGGAGUGUUGGCAGGGACCGUAGGCGGCGCAGGACUCGCCGGUCUGGCCGUCGCAGGAGCUGUAGGUUUGGGUGUCCUGGGCUUGGCCGCCCUUGCCUCCAGAGGCGGAGGACGCAGGAAUCGCGGGGGCAGGAGGAGGGGGCACCGCCGGGGGCGUCGCUCCACCGUGGAGGACGACGACGACUGGAGGAUGCAGAACGCCCUCGAGUUGGUGCGAGCGGAGGACGUGACAGGAUGCGGCAUGAGGCUGGUGUGCGAACUGGCCAGCCAGGAGGAGGAGGAUCUGGUGCAGGAGGAGCUGGCCAUCCUGGCACUGCUCGGACCCGACGUGAAGCCUGGGGAGGGAGUCCUUCCCCCCGGGGGCGCCAGGGGAGAGUACCUGCAGGCCAGGAGCUUCGGCGGGCGAGGCGGGGACUGCGGCGCCGCCUUCCCCAUGUGUCCACUCAACGGCACGCAGCUCAUGGACACCGUCAUGGCCUAUUUACCUUGAGACAAGCUGCCUCUCCAUGUGUCUGCAGGAACAGUCCGCAGAAUGAAUUUGCUUCGAAUUGCCAAGGCCAACUCGCCGUGUAUAUCAUGAGGACUUUUUACAAAUAUUUCAUUUCACUGUCACCAAAGAAACAAAUUUUCUUAAUCGAGAGAUAAAGUUUGAUAAAUUAUGUUGAUACGCUUACUUCAUCGCUGACAUAAACGAUACAGUGUACACACAUGUAUACAUAUACACACACAUAAACAAACACACACACACACUUGGACGCACAUGAUAAAGUGCCUUGUGCAAAUAAGUAGUUCGCUACAUUGUGUAUCUACAGUAAUUACUUUCAAGGUCCUGUACAUGCCUGAAUGGAAAAGUAAAAAAUUACACAUUACUAG